AUGUCUCUAAAAACAGACGUCAAAGGAGCGCCACUCCUUCAUGAAUACUCAGGCACACAUUUCGAGCGCUUGGCGGUCUUCAUGGCAUAUCACGAUGUUCUCCCUCCGCUUGAGAAAAGUCAAAUGGAUCCUCAGGUAUUCGUCGCAAUCGUCGCAGAGCAUCACAGCAGUCGUGCGCAUCGCCUUCCUCUCAUGCGUAAGCUUCGCAUCGUCCAAGCACUCUGCAAGCUAUGCGUCAAUGGUCAUCUCAGUGCAGAAUCGUCGCUCAGAAAGUAUUGCUCAGAUGUCACCACCGCGGCGAUUUUGUCUCGCGAGUACAUUGCAAAGUUUCCGCAAGCAUUCAGUCCACCCGGUGCUAACCUUCCCGUCCCACCUCCAUUGUUGCCACCGCCGCAAGACCCCGGAUCCUCCUGGACCAGUGCUGCUCAGAUACUGGGUGUUAAGUCCACACCAAGACCACACCAAGACCACACCAAGAGGCAUUUUACUUCAAGACGUGUUGGAGGGAUGUUUUUUCGACUUUGCGUCUCAGCAAAACCCAGAACAGCUCAGAGAACUUGGUAUCGACUGUGCACCGCGCGUAGAACUCAGUCAGUGGUCUGCCGUAAUCGAUCAGCUACGCAUAGCAUCGGCCUCGCUCAGGGUGGCAUUGGAAAAGGACGAUGGAUUUUCGAAACUCGCAGACCGGUCUCCCAACGGAGGAAAGAGCAAGCUAGCCCUCAAGCUUAUUAUACGCAGAAUAGCUGGGAUCCGUCACUGCUCAGUCCACCGCCGCCAUCUACCACUUACCACGAUUCGAGAAAUGAUACUCGACGAUGCCGAGUUGCAUGGGCGUUCUAUAACCUUAAGGUCUUUCAGCUGCUCAGAUGGAUAUUUGUUAAUAUUGUAAAUAUCAUAGGUAAAUUAGGUGGCUCAGCAGUGGAGACUUUGUUGUACGAGGACUUGUUGGGAUUCGUUGAGAAAAUUAAGGAAGCUCGCAAGCAACAAAGAUUAAGGACUUGA